AUGAAAAACAAAUUUGAUAAUAUUCGAAACCACGAAUCAUUGUUUACUUUUAAGGGCUAGUAUUCGAGUUUAGAAAUUCCAACUGAAAGAAAAAACUUAAAUAAUCAUAGCAAAUUAUCAGACAAAAUUUAAAUAGUGGAUUUUGUCAAUAUGGAUGAUGAGUAGUAUGAUGAUGUGACAAACUAUAGAAAUUCUGAGGGACUUCAGUUGUUGAUCCGAGCUGUGCACCAAAACAGUCAAAAAUUUAAGAGUGUUCUACAGAGGGUUUAUCAAAAGAUGGAUAUAAGAUAGACCUCCUUGCUUUAUGCUUUAAUCAUUUCUUUGAGAAGAAAAGCUUUCUUGUAAAGCUUAAAUCAGUUGGAAAUAAAAGAUGGCUAUUUGAUUAAAAUCUAAGAUACUGAGAGUUUUGGAGAAAUCGCCAAGCAUGCAGCUAAAAUGUACUUCUAUCUCCAUAUCAAAUAUGAAGAUAUCUAUGAUCUCCUUCAGAUUCAGAACUUUGAAAUGAUUAAGCUAAUGCUGAAGUAUAAAGUAAUAGUUGAGUAUCAUAAAUAACAACUCCACAGAAGAAACUUUGAUUUCGCUAAGCGAAAGUCAUUUUCAUUAGUAUAGAUACCAGUUGGAAUUCCGGACUAAACUAAAAAUGAAAAGUUUGAGAAAAUAUUCAAGACCUCGGACAUAAUUGAAAAUAUACUAACCAUAUUUAUCUAGCACAAUUAUAAUCACUCAGCACUUCAAGAUCGUAUCUUAAGUGUAAUAAAAAAUCUUUAAGAUUAGCUGGACUAUCAGAGAAUAAUUCGCGUUUGCUGGGAUAAUAAAUUGAAAAACUUGCUUGACUUUGUAAUAGAUCAACCAUUUAUUGAAGAGACCAUUAAAAAAGAUUUUACAAUUGAGUCAAUCAACUAUUAUCUGCAGAUAAACUAGCUUGAUUAGUGUGCUAUAAUAAUCAAAGAUUUUAGAUAAUAUCUAAAAGGCAAAGAAUCCUAAGCUCUGGAUUAUAUAAUUUACAGUUUCAAAACUCCAUCUUUCAUGGAAUUUAAAAUAUUCCUUAUUUCAUAACUCUUCGACUAUCUUAAAUACAGAUAGGUUGACUAAAUUAUGAAUGAAAUAGAAGCCAAUCUUGAUGAUUAGACAUCAAUAGCACUAUUCUCCCAAAAUUUAAAUCCAAUCAAAAUAGGAAUGAGUUUAAUCGACUUAAUGUUUAGGAUCCAAAAUAAAUUUAAAAUUGCAACUUUUAGAACAGAUAAAAUAAAUGGUUUAUUAGAGGAGCAAAUUCAAAAAAUUAUCAAAGAUAUCUAAAACUCAGAUGAACUUAAAUAUUUGCUAAAACAGAAAGAUCUUUUGGGCAAUGACAGUUUAUACUAUAUGUCAUUGCAUAACGUUUACUCUAUCCUAGAUACUAAGUCAACUGAUAGGAUAAUAUAGGAUUUUUGGAAAAUUCUUGAUGGAGAUCAUAGUCAUAUAUCGAAGUAAGAGUAUGAAGAGAUUGGAGUGAAAUAUAGGUAUUAUAUGUUCUAAGCAGGUGAAUACAUAUACACAGCUAUGAUAGUUUCAAUUCUUAUGCUUUCAUAUCCAAUCAGAAUGUUCUAAACCUGGCUAUUUGCUAGAUUCUUGAAUAGAAAAUACGUAAUGCUAAAAGCAAUAAAUUUGAUUGAGAUUGGUUACACUAUAUGUGCUUUAUUAUGGCUCUACAAAUAUGCUGAAACUACUGGAUUCAUUGAUGAUCCUCAUGAAUUUGAUAGAGGAUUUGAUAAGAAUACUUUGUUCGUCCAUAAUUAAAUAGAAGAAAUUAAUUUUGGGACAUUUAGGUUCGAUAUUUUGAUAUCAGUUCAAACAGGGUUUAUGUGGUUGAAAGUUAUGCUCUUGCUAAAAUUAACUAGAUCUUUUGGUCCUCUUUUGAAAAUUAUUGAGAGAAUGAUAUAGGAUUUUAUGUACUUCACUGUUAUUUGGGGAAUCAACUUAGCUUUCUUUACCUUUAUGGGAAUGCUUUUGUUUACAGAAAUACCAUUAUUUUAAAGAUCAUUAUAUGGAAAAAUUUACUAGAUCUUCUUUCUUAUUGUUAAUUUGAUUCUUCUAAUAAAUCUAAUGAUUGCAAUUUUGUCUACUACUUUCUCUGACUUGCAUAACCUGUAACUAGCUUUGUAUUAUGAUGAAAUAAUAGAAGCAAUUCCUUAGUAUAAAUACGAUAAAGUCUAUGGAUCAUUAAUUUGUGGAACUCCUCCAGUAAAUAUUAUCAUGCUCCCAUUCACAGUUGUUUACUUACUUUUUAAGGAUAUUGAUAAACUGACCAAAAUCAACUCAAUGCUAGUAAAAAUUGCCUAUGCCCCAAAUAUCUUUGUAUUAACUCCUAUUUUUAUGAUUGGAAAUAUAUUUUUUAUUCCUUUCGGAUAUUUAUGUGGCACUUUUGCUCUGAUUAGAUAAUUGUGUAGAGAUAGAAGUAAAGCUCUAUCAAAAGCAUUACUUGAAAUUGUAUUGUUCAUAAUAUUUGCUCCAAUUGUACUGAUUGCUUCUUAAUUAACAGACAUCUUUGUUUUUCUAAAGCAUUUAUUCUCAAGAAGAAAUGAAAAACUCUCUCAUUUUUAAAAGCCAUGCAUUUCAAAAAGUGUAGUUCAAAAGAUAUACCUAAUGGCUUAAGAUAUGGUCAAGAAAAAUAAAGAUUUCUUAAGUUAGGUAUAAUUAGUAAAAGAGCUCAGAGACACUCUUGGCAUUGAAAAUGAUAUAAUGCAUUUAAUAUAUGGAGACUCAUUGGCUAAACAAGAGGAGAAUGAAAGAAUAAGAGAGACUGAGACUAUCAAAAUCAAUCCUAUAAAGAGCAAAGAUGAAUCCCUUAUAGACUUGAAAAUAUUCAAUACAAUAAAAUGCGUUAUAAAGAAUUGUACUAAUGAGAAUGGGUUAACUAAUGUAAAAUUAUUGCAUACUCUUUUACAGGAGGUUUAAUAAAAAAUAAACAUUCAGAAAAAGUAGCAUCCAUUCAUAUUAAACUUAAAAAAAACUCUUAGGCUUAGUCCUUCAAAAUUAAACAAAUCAACAUCGAACAUUCAAGGUGAUAACAGCAAAAUAAAGAUGAAAAGAAGAAAUUAGAAUUAAUUCAUUAGUUUCUAAAAGAAAUUGAUGGUUGAAUUCUCUUUUUCUAAUCCUAACAGAGUAAUAUAGUCUCUUAAGGAUGUUUAGAAUGAAAUGGCUCUAAAAAAUCAAAAAAUUCUUAAUGACUUGACUAGAACUACAGAGCUCAUCCUAAAGUUUCAACGAUCUAAAAGUUAAUCAACUACCUUAACCAACAUUAAAAACUCUUAUCACAGAAAUUAUGGGAAUCAAGAAACUGUGCUUGGUGUAUAGGAGGAAGACUUUAUUAUUCCACAGAUUAAAAUUAAUAACUAGACGGAGGAAUCCCAUGUAAUCAAUGUUUUAUUAAUUAGUAUUGUAGAAGAGUUAAUGGGAUGA